AUGGUACGAGCUUUGGAAUUAAUACAAACGUUUGACGCGACUGCGCCGGAUUAUUCUGUCACCGAGGAGUGCCCUACUAGUCCAAGAUUAUAUUCUGUUGAUCACUGCACGAUCAAGGUGGGGCUUAGCUUGGCAUAUCACUGGCUCCCUCCACUUGAGGACAGGGAGAUACCAGAGUUCAACCUCCAGUACCCCGACUCACCCACUAUUCCCGGAUACCCAGACCUCAGCAUUGCUACUGGGAGAAGUGACACCGUGACUAGGGGGGGAAGUCCGGGGCCAGAUCCCAGAGACAUUUCUGACUGCGACCCCAGGGAUACCUCUGGACCAGACUCCUACGACUCCUGGGUCACGGACGACGGAAGGCACAACCCCCACCCAAUUCGAGUCGAGCUCGCAGACCACCACCUCAGCCCCUACGGGGAGUGCCACGGAGAUCUAUGCCACCAGCUUCAAGCCAUUGCUGAGGACCGGAGGAGGGACUGGGAGACCCCUGAGCCCCUCAUACCCUACGUCAAGUGGACCAUGGGAGAGUACGGAGCCAAGCCAGAACUGGCCCAGUUCUUCUUCGACAACCCAAUCCACUCAGAGACUUCGCCAGGGGAGUAUGAAAUCAGAACUGAGCCCUCACCCGAAGGGGAGGUGCCCACAUACCAGAAAGACAGGAACUCCCCAUACUACCACAGGCCAAAGACCAGCCCCUCUAUUUCUGGCCUCGAAAUACUCAGACCCACAUCUGGAACUGCUGGUACCCAUGGGAGCACACUGCCCUCACCGACUACCGAUACUGGAUCACGGAGCCAGACACAGAGGAAUCCAUGCCCUAUCCCCAAUCAACCCCCCAACCCCAUAAUGAAGAAGGCGGUGACUGAGAUGGACUGGGAAGAGCUUCUGGAAUGGCAGGGGGGAUCCCUGGCCAAUGAAGGGUCAUGGAUCACCACGGACGCGGCCAAAUUAAUGUACCAACAGCAGUUACCGGAGAUGGUCAGAAAUGCUAUAUAUGAAGAUGAAGUUCGAUAUCACGUGGCGAAACUAUGGAAUCAGUUGCACAAUGAUCAGGCAGAUGUACUCCAGCCCUUCGAACAAAGAAGCUAUCCACCCUAUCACUGGGUGAUAAUCCCAAAGGAACCGAAGGCCACCUUACCCCCAGGAAGUAGGUUACUAGGGGGAAUGCCGGCCGAGGAAGCAGUACCUGGAGGAGAAGAAUGGACGGACCCAGCCCAACCGCCCUCUCAGCAUGCAAAGGUGCUGUGA